CGCCUCCUCACUGCAGAGCUAGAAACUGGAGGCUCCCUGGGGCGGAGCGGCGGGCCCCGACCCCGCUGGGGUGGGGCGAAUCCCGUCCCGGCCGGUUGCCCCGGGGUAGGGCAGAGGUCCAGGCCGACUGGCCUUUUUGCCGCUGUGCUGCACUUCUGUGCCUUGAGGCUCGCCCUGGAAGCGGGCCUAGAGUUUUCGCCUCGCCUCUCCGCGAGGCAGGUCCCGGGACUCGCGCGUGUCGCCUCCGCUCAGCGCCCGCUGCCUGAAGAGUCGCUGGCCUUGGUCGCCGCCUAGUGGGCUAUAUCUGCAACUUGAAGGGAAGAUACAGGAAAAAUCUUCUUUGGAAUAGAUGGGAUUUUGUCACUUUCUGUGAACUAAAGCGAUUCAAUGUCUCUUUUGGAUUGUUUCUGUGCUUCACGAACACGAGUCGAAUCGCUCAGACCAGAAAAACAGUCUGAAACCAGUAUCCAUCAAUACUUGGUAGAUGAGCCCGCCGUUUCCCGGCCCCCUCCGUCUGCUAGAGCCGCUGCAGAGGCGUGCUGCACUGACGCCUCUCACUAUGAACUGCAGGUGGAGAUAGGAAGAGGGUUUGACAACUUGACCUCUGUUCAUCUUGCACGGCACACUCCUACAGGAACACUGGUAACUAUAAAAAUUACAAACCUGGAAACCUGUACUGAAGAACGUCUGAAAGCUUUACAGAGAGCAGUGAUUCUAUCUCACUUUUUCCAACAUCCCAAUAUUACAACUUACUGGACAGUUUUCACUGUGGGCAGCUGGCUUUGGGUUAUUUAUCCAUUUAUGGCCUACGGUUCAGCAAGUCAGCUCCUAAGGACCUACUUUCCUGACGGAAUGAGUGAAACUUUAAUAAGAAACAUUCUCUUUGGAGCAGUACGAGGGUUGAACUAUCUGCACCAAAAUGGCUGUAUCCAUAGGAGUUUUAAAGCCAGCCAUAUCCUCAUUUCUGGUGAUGGCCUGGUGACCCUCUCUGGCCUGUCCCAUCUGCAUAGUUUGGUUAAGCACGGACAGAGGCGUAGGGCUGUGUUUGAUUUCCCCCAGUUCAGCACGUCAGUGCAGCCGUGGCUGAGUCCAGAGCUACUGAGACAGGAUUUACAUGGAUAUAAUGUGAAAUCGGACAUUUACAGUGUUGGGAUCACAGCAUGUGAAUUGGCCAGUGGGCAGGUACCUUUCCAGGACAUGCACAGGACUCAGAUGCUGUUGCAGAAACUAAAAGGUCCUCCGUAUAGCCCACUGGAUGUCAGUAUUUUUCCUCAGUCAGACUCUAGAAUGAGAAAUUCCCAGUCAGGAGUAGACUCCGGGAUUGGAGAGAGUGUGCUUGUUUCCACUGGAACUCACACAGUCAAUAGUGACCGGCUCCAUACACCAUCCACAAAAACGUUCUCUCCUGCCUUUUUUAGCUUGGUGCAGCUGUGUUUACAGCAAGAUCCUGAGAAAAGGCCAUCAGCAAGCAAUUUGUUGUCCCAUGUGUUCUUCAAGCAGAUGAAGGAAGAAAGCCAGGACUCUAUACUCUCUCUGCUGCCCCCGGCUUAUAACAGGCCAGCAGCAUCACUGCAGCCAGUGUCACCGUGGAGCGAGCUGGAAGUCCAGUUUCCUGAUGACAAAGACCCAGUCUGGGAAUUCUAGGGUUGCCAAAUCAUUUCAUGUCCUCUAUACUUGACAGCCUCUCCUUGCUGCUUGUCUUCUGUCUUGCUAGGUACAAAUGACAAAAUCUAUACUUGAAAAUACAGUUGGUGCACUGGAGAAUCAGUUAAACCAUUCUGUUCAUGGGGAGUGGAUUUACCCUCUGCCCAGAUCAGAGUGCCUCCAUGACUGCAAGGGCAGGUACUGCCCAGCUCAGCUGUGUCGGCUCGCCCGCC